AUGUGCAACGUUUGUGAGAAAUUAAGUCUAUUGAUGUAUUUUUUAAAGGAUUCGCCUUCGGCGAUCAAAAGAUGCCCGGUAAUAGUAAGUAUUGUAUACCUAUUAUAACUACAAAAUAUUAGGACACGGUCAAAUAUUUAUUGCGUGUCCGUUGUCCACUGUCCACUAUAACGUUCGAUAUUUUUGAUUUUAGGGCGAAUUCGCUUACAAAAAUCUGACAAUGGACGCAGAUAAGUUUGGAUCUACGUUUGGUUUACCGGGAGAAAGAUGGUGGGAAUAUUAUUGGAGAACGACCGCUCUAUUUUACACCGGAGAAAACGUAUUGUUCGCUACUUGGAAGCUGGAUAAUUAUUUUAUAGAGUUUCGUAACCGUAAUCGUAAGCCUAUAUUGUAACGUUACUAUAGGUGUCUAUACGUUUCUAGAAUUGCUAAUGUACACCAGCAAUAUAAUAUUAUUUACUUAUUUCUGAAAUAAUAGUUUUCAGAACAAUAUUAUAAGUGCUGAAGCAGACGCACUAAUGCAAAUAUUGAUAUUUAUUAACUGUUUGUCAUCUUAUUAUUCACGUUUGAGUAGUAUUAUGACCAUCACUGUGCACUUCGUAAUAAAAUUGAAUAAUACAACCAAUAUAAUAUAAAGCAUUUUUUUUCAUUCGGUCUAUUUGCGUAUUUAAUAUAAUGUAACAAUAUUAUGUAAAAUGUAUGUAUGCUACGUUAAUAUCUAAUAUCAUUUACCAGUAAUCAUUCCCUGUACAGUAACCCUAUAAAAUAGCAUAGGCGUGUCCAGACAAUUCUCGCAGUUCGUAAAACACUUUUUAUUUUCCUCGCAUGUAUAAGUAUAUAACAAUAAACAAAUAAAAUGCAAAUAAUAAUAAAUGAUUAGAUAUUAUUGCACUUGAAUAGUUUCCAGAAAGGUAAGUCAAUAAUAUAUAAACUCACAACUAGGCGUUGAACAAUCGAUGGAAAAAAAAUACGAAUACAGACAAAAUAUAUUACAAAUGUUUGUGAACUUAAAAAAACGCAUAGGAUAGUAUCAAUAGCGAUAGUUUGUAUAAUACAGUGUAUGAAUUUCGAUCCCUAAACAACUAAUAUCACUAACAAAAACGUGUAUGAAUGGGAUCACGUCUUAUCAAGUAAGAGCGAACUACAUAGUUUUGAAAGAAUUCGAAGGGACGACUAGGCUCACCCAAGGUGAUGCACAAUCACCAAUAUUGUUCAACAUUGUAUUGGAAAAAAGUGAUAUGUAGAGUACAAAGUGUAAUAAGUUUGUAAUUAAUAGUGGCAAAAUCACGUCUGAUGUGCUGGAAUUCGCAGACGAUCUGAAUCUAAUUGAAGAGAAUAAGGAAAUCAUAGUGCAAAAUACAAAAACACUCAUAUAUGAAGCAAAAAAUAUUGGUCUAAAAAUAAACGAGAAAAGACGAAAGUAAAUGAAAACGUUGACCGAUAGCGAUGAGGAAUACUUUACGAUGGAGAACUACGAAAACAUAGAACUUUAAAUAUUUAGGAGUAACAAUCACUGGUAUAUAAAUGACUGGAAUGCUGAAAUAGCCAACCGCUUACUCAAAGCAGAACGGAUAUUUUUUGCGUAAAUCAAAUAUUUCAAAUUCUAUAUGUAUGUCUAUUGGCACAUGACUAUUAUAAGACCAACAUUAACCUAAUGGAUGUUAAAUAUGGCCGAUGGCGGUGCAAAUUGAACAAAAAUUGAGAAACUUUGAGCAUAAAAUAUUUAAAAACAAAUCGUGGACCUACAGUGUUUGAUAGCAUAAUAAAUAUAUGGAUUAGAUGGAAGAACGUGAAAAUGAGGGAAAUUGCCAAAGUAUUUUAUACAAUCCAGUGGUUUGGACACACAAUGCAAAGAAAACACCAAAUCAAGCUAGGGCGUUUAUCGAAUCAGGAAGAAGGCCAAGGAAGCGAUGGAUGGAUGGAGUGCAUCAAGAUCUGGAGGAAAGAGAAAUGACGGAUUGGGAAGAGAGGAUCGAUACAGGAUCUUGGAGUACUGGAGGUCGUUGA